AGACCGAGACUCACAUGGGCGGAGCAGCACAGGCCAGGAAGUGAGUUCACACACAGAGACAGGUGGUUGUGAUUGUUUGUUAAUUCAACAAUUAAAACAGCUGGAGAGUGUUAAUCAUGUCCAGUCUGGGAGGAGAGCGGCAGCACGUGGACCCGGUCCGACCGACAGCAGACUGUACCAGGAGCAGGACUAACAGACUGUGGAUCAGGACUGGACAGUCUGCUGCCAUGUACAACAUGUUCAACAACAAACCUGCGAGUGUGAUCCUGCUGUCAGUUCUGCUGCUGGGGGUGCUGUACAUGUACAUCUACCAGUCCAGCAGAGCCGUGUCCUUCGAGCAGCAGGUGAUGGCAACUUAUGGCAGAUCUGCUGAAGUGCAUGUUGAGACUCAUGGGCUCCACCUGGUGGCUCCUGACCAUCUGCAGUACCAACAACCCAGCAUCGUGAAGGGUCGUAACGACGUGGUGUCGGUGACACCCUGGUUGGCUCCUAUUGUCUGGGAGGGAACCUUUAACCCAAUUCUACUUGACAGCAUCUACAAGGCAAAGAAUAUUACUGUCGCAGCUACUGUGUUUGCUGUUGGAAAAUACAUCAUGUUCCUGAAAAACUUCCUGGAGACAGCAGAGCAGCACUUCUUCGUUGGUUUUAAUGUGCACAUCUACGUGUUCACUGACCGGCCGGGGGAGGUGCCCCAAGUCAAGAUGGCUGCCGGCAGACAGCUGACGGUGCGUUCGGUACCCAGCUCUAACCGUUGGCAGGAGAUCUCUGCUGGAAGGAUGGAGAUCAUCCAGGUGUUGAUAGAGGAGGAGCUUCGUAACCACGUUGAUUACAUCUUCUGUCUGGAUGUUGACUGUCAGUUCCACGGUCAAUGGGGGACAGAGUCACUGGGCAACCUGCUUACUGUCAUACAUCCAGGUUACUACUUGGACGACCGCAGCAAGUUUCCCUAUGAGCGGAGGCCCCAGUCCAGGGCCUACAUUGCUUCUGGGGAAGGCGACUUCUACUACUGUGCAGCCGUGUUCGGAGGCCUCAUAGAGGAAGUACACCUGCUCACCAAAACCUGCCGCGCCAACUUCGAGGCUGAUGCCAAGGAGGGUAUUGAGGCUGCAUGGCAGGACGAGAGUCAUUUGAACAGGUACAUGUGGAUCAACAAACCCACAAAGCUGCUGUCACCUGAGUACCUGUGGCAGGACUUCAAACCCCAAAACCCUGAGAUUCACAUCAUCAGAUUCUCCGCAGUUAUUAAGAACUAUACUGAGAUCCGACCCAAUGUCUGAGAGGCCACACGGAACUGGACUGAGCUGGAAUGGAGGAUGAACCCCCAAAGUCAUGGUUCCACAGCGUCUGGGAGCGGGCGGCUGGAUACACCUCUGGAACUGGUUUUGUCUCUAACAGCUGAGUCUUAGGCACAAUCCAACUCUUCCUCUCACAGAGUCCGAAUCUUAUUGGUCAAAAGAGUGGACAGCACAGAAUUAUAGAUUUUAGACAAGUUUUGUGGUUACAUGGUGUCACACACAGACCCGCCCCUCUUCUAGAUGCAGGAGCACAAGCUAGCCACCUACUGAGCAUGUGGAGCUCUUGUCGAGUUUAAAAUCUGCUGAACUAAAAGUCACUUUUUGUUCAACUCCGUUUCUAAGUCUCAGAAGUGAAAUAAAAUUUUGUUC